AUGUUUCAGUAUUUCUCUCCAGACCGCACGUCCGCCUUCAUAGGUUCACGGUGCGAUCUCGAAAGAUUGAGGGCGCUACCAGCCCAUGUGCUCCUCAGCAUCUGUGCCUAUCUGGAUCCGUUCCCGGAGCUCAUCUCCAUCAUUCAGACACUGCCGCUGCUCACGCAAUACACGAAGCGUGACGCGCCUUCUUGGUCUUGGAUCAGCGGGCUGAGGCCGGGAAUGACGCUUUUCAUGACCUUUGAUCGUGCGCAGGGGAUCGAAUACGUGAGCAGGUUAGACACCAUCGAAAAUGAUCCCGGUCGGAGUCGGCCACUCCUGUUGGGACAUGAACUCCUCGUGUGUCAGGAUCACUUCGGAAUCCGGAAUCUAUACAGUCCAGCAGAUCAGCUCACGCCUCCGCCGAAGAAUCCCGAUACCCUUUUCUACCAACGUAUACCACUGAGAGAACCACCUGCUAGUUCUUCAUCUCUGGAUCUCUUUUCCGAUGUGAGUUUCCCGUAA